AUGGAAUUCUUCGACGUCUAUGCCUUUGAGUCAACGUUUCUCGGCCUCUUCUCCGUACAGACCGGUAGCGAACUGAUAUCGCUAGCGCUGCUCUUCAACCGGGCGACUGGCAUCUACGGGAUACUCACCCUCUUCACUGGAUACUCGGUCUCGGCCCUGCAGGUGUCGCUCUACGUGCUAUCGUUGCUCGUCGUUGUUGCGCUCGGGUACCUCAUCCCACACAUCCGCAAGCAGAGCCCGCUGCAAAACCUUGUACUCGCAUGGCUCUAUGUCAUUGACACGACUGCGAAUGUCGCCUUCACGGCCGCCUUUGCGACAAGGUGGUACAACGCCGCACUCCACGAUCCGAAAGGACCAGCCGGCGCCGGAGACACGGAUGCCAAGGCAUCGCCAAGCAAUGGGGAAGUGCAGCAUGACGACGGCCAUGCCGCACAGGCCAAUGCGGAUGUGGGUGUGCAGGAGACGGUCGUCAGCAUGUCGCUCGCUGUGGCGUUUGUGCUGGUCAGGGUCUACUUUGCGCUGGUGAUCAUGACCUUUGCGCGCAUGGUCCUCCGCCGCUUCGCCGACGAGAACGCGAGCCAGACAGAGGAGGGUGUGGUUAAGGGGACACCGCCCGAUAUAUUUGCCGUUGGCUCUGCUCUCGGCGACGGGUGGAAGGCCAGGCUGGGGAGAGUGCUGGUUUCAAUAGGGAGAGGGUAUUGGUUGGGCAGGCCAAAAGAGGAUGAAGAAUGGGCGCAACAAGUCAGCACCAGAUUCAGGGUUUAA